AUGUCUCUUCCCGAUAAUAGUGUUUCAGAAUCUCAUGCUAAUGAUCUGGAAUUUUCAAAAGCUUUGCAUGACCAUGAUACUGCUCGAAAUGGUUUACUAUCUACCAUUUUAUCAAAGGAUAAAACUGCCUUUGAAACUGUGGUGAAUAAUUACAUGGGAUAUUGGGUUGAAAAAGAUCCCGUAACUGAAUCCGAAGAUGAUAAAGAAGCAAGGAGAAAUAAUUACACUAACAUGACUAAUUCUUAUUAUAACAUCGCUACGGAUUUUUAUGAAUAUGGAUGGGGUGAAUGUUUUCAUUUUUGUAGGUUUAAUUUCGGUGAAAAUUUUUACCAAGCCAUAGCACGACAUGAACAUUAUUUGGCAAUGCAAUUGAACGUAAAACCCGAAAUGAAGGUUUUGGACGUUGGUUGCGGCGUUGGUGGCCCAGCACGUGAAAUUGCUCAAUUCACAGGAGCUCACGUCACCGGUAUUAAUAACAACGAUUAUCAAAUUUAUCGAGCAAGAAAAGCUGCUGCAAGACUAGGUUUAGAAAACAAAACUGAAUUUACUAAAGGAAAUUUUAUGUCAAUGCCUUUCGAAGAAAAUACGUUUGAUGCUGUUUAUGCAAUUGAAGCUACUUGUCAUGCACCUGUAUUAGAGGGUGUGUACUCUCAAGUUUUUCGUGCUUUAAAACCUGGUGGUGUGUUCGCUUUUUAUGAAUGGUGUACCACUGAUAAAUACGAUCAUGAUAAUCCUGAACACAGAAGAAUUGUUCGUGGCAUUGAGUAUGCUGACGGUAUUCCAGAACUCUUUUCAACGCAUGUUGCCUUACAAGCGCUUAAAAAUGUUGGGUUUGAAAUAGAAUGUGCUCAAGAUAUGGCUAUCAAUGAUGAUCCCAUACCUUGGUAUUAUCCUCUUGAAGGGGAUCUUAGAAGUGCUCAAACUUUGGGUGACUAUUUUACCGUUUUCCGUAUGACUAGAUUUGGCAAAUUUUGUACUAGAGCUUUGGUUGGUUGCCUUGAAAAACUUGGUAUUGCACCUGCUGGCUCACUUCAAACUCAAAGUGUACUUGAAACUGCUGGUGAUUGUCUCGUUGAAGGUGGAAGAUUGGGUAUUUUUACUCCUAUUUUAGUAGAAGGUUUAAUAGGUGAACAAUAG